AUGUCGUGGGAUACAAAGACAGCCGUGCGGCGACGGCAGAACAGCUCAGUGAGCUCUUCCAGAGCAUCGCCACAACAUAACCGGCAGCAGUCAAAGCAAUCCACACCCAUUGAACCUAAAUCAGUUCACGUAGCCGACCCCUUCCUGCAGAGCUUCCUCGCCCCGGCUUUCGAUGCCACCGACUACCUCAACUCGUCUUUGCCUCCGUUGCAAGCCCAUGUGUCCUCGAUAACGCCAAGUCAGGAAGGCGCUGUCCCUUUUGCCGAACUAUCAUCGCAAGCCCAGACGUUAUUAUCACAACUAAGCGCCCAAACCACUCGUCUAACCAACACCCUGACGCAGCUUACGGACGAUAUAUUGCGAAGUGGUAGCCGGCUGGCGUACGAGGUGGAGUUGCUUCGAGGCGAGACCUUGAGUCUGUCCGAAGCUUUGGCGGAUGGCCUACAUGGAGACAUUGUGAAGUUUGUGCCGAAUGGCGUACAGGACCAAAUGGAGGGCAAAGCGAACGGUGUCAGCGCGAUUGAUGGGAUUUUGCGACGCCCGUCGGGAGUGGCAGCUUCGACCAGCGAGGACAACUCUACUCCGCAGGAUGGCACGAUCGAGGACCCGGCAUACAUCACACAGCUGCGCACUCUGACGUUGGUACGCGCAAAGCUGGACUCUGUCGUUCACACGUUCGGCGAUGCAAUGGAGUUCGUCUUUCCGCCGUCGGAGCUAUCUGUUAGUUCCUCCUUCUUGUCGGUAUCGGCACCUGAUGCUGGAAGUAAAGAGCACAGCACAGAGGAGAAGGGGCAGCAAGUACUCAAGCGGUACCGAGACGAGAUAUCCGAGCUACUAGUAAAAAGUAAAGAUCCAGUCGACGGCAUAGAGAAGGCAGCCCGCCGGAUUGAGGAGCUCAAAGAGCUGACGAAGGUAUGGGCUGGCACGGCGGAAGAAAAGGGCAGGACAAAGUUCAUCGACGGCCUGGCAAAGAUGGUCGAGGACAGACACAGAGAUCUCAUGCGGGAGGUGGAACAAGGUGACAAACGACCUGAGGUCGGACAUAUGCCGCGGAGGAGCACCGAGGAGGCGGCUGAGAACAAACCUUUGUCUGGGUAUGGAAUCAUGAGCCAGCUGCAAAAACUACGAAGUGGAUUAUAA